AGCAGCAGCAGAGCAGCUCAGACAGGGCUAUUUCUCUCACACAGUCUCCGGGACUCGCAGCAUCAGCAACGCGUCUUCUCCGGACACUCGCACACCGUGUCCUCGCGAGUGUUUUUCGCACAGCCGAAGUAGAAUAUCAACCGCGUCGAAGCGAUCGGCAUGAGGAGGAGGUAGUCGUGUGUCUGUGUGCGCGUCUUCGCGGUUAGCAGAGGAGAGGAAGGCUCGAGGAAGGAGGAAGAACUUCAGCGCGCAGCCAAGUGUCUAUAGCGAAAUCCGAGCACAUCACAUAGCUGCGCGCGUACCGUUAUUAUGAGGAAGCGGCCUCGAGAGCGUCGACCCCGAGUCUCGGAGCUGCAGCUGCUGUUGUCCGGCCGACGUCAGUCUCUGGUCAAGCUUCCACGAGGCUAAGGAGAUUAAAGGAGGAAGGAAGAUAGAGCCAAGGAGAACGUAGAGAGAGAGAGAGAUAUGCCGGCUCUGCAGUCGAUUUGACGGUGGUAAACAAGCUGAGAGACGGCAGCAGGUGGUGUUCGCAGCCGGGGGCAUGACAUGGGAGUGCCCGCGCGCGGAGCCCUCGCGGCUGUGGUAGCCGCGACCGCGUUCGCCUGCUACCUCAACAGUCUCGGCUGCGGCUUCGUCUUCGACGACAUAUCCGCGAUCAAGGAUAACCGCGACCUGAGACCGCACACGCCCCUCAAGAAUGUCUUCUUCAACGACUUCUGGGGUACCCCCAUGCACAAGGAACAAUCGCACAAAUCGUACAGGCCGCUCUGCGUUCUCACAUUCCGUUGGAAUUACAUGAUACAUCAAUUGGAUCCCAUGGGCUAUCACCUGCUGAAUGUCAUUCUGCACGUCGGAGUAUGCCUCUUGUACUUCAGAACGUGUUUGAUGUUUCUCCCCGACGUAGCGAGUUUUGUGUCUGCUCUUCUCUUCGCCGUUCACCCCAUACACACGGAGGCGGUUACUGGGGUCGUCGGCAGGGCGGAGACCUUAUCGUCCUUAUUUUACCUGGCGGCUUUAAUAACGUAUACUAAGUGUUGCAGAAGUAAGAGAUCCACAGGCUGGCGAUCAUUAAUAAUGUCGAUGUUCUUUGUGUUCAUCGCCAUGCUGUGCAAGGAGCAGGGCAUCACCGCGACGGCGGUCUGCGUUUUGUAUGAAAUUUUCGUUGUACAAAGGGUUAGAGCUUUGGAUAUUGUAUUAGCGGUAAAGUCGGCGUUCGAUGGUAAAAAGAUUUCGCCGACCUGGUCGAGCGAGGGCACGAAGCGGCUAACGGCCGUUACCCUCGUUACCUUUAGUUUGUUAAUUUUAAGACUACACGUAAUGGGCUCGAAGCUGCCCGUAUUUACCAGAUUUGACAAUCCCGCUUCCGUAGCUUCGACACCGACGCGACAGUUGACGUACAAUUAUUUGGCGGCCGUGAAUCUGCGGCUGCUAUUCCUUCCAAUUGACUUGUGCUGUGACUGGACGAUGGGAACGAUACCGUUGAUAGAGACUUUGUUGGAUGUUAGAAACGUGGCGACCCUAGCCGCCCACUCGACGGUCAUCGGGCUCCUGGUCACGGCGGUUCUCACGCGCAGUAGACAAACGUCGAUAAUUAUCAUUAUGAGUUUGGCGAUGAUGAUACUUCCAUUUCUACCGGCUUCGAAUCUAUUUUUUCCAGUUGGAUUUGUAGUCGCCGAGAGAGUACUGUACGCACCAUCCAUGGGCUUCUGUAUGCUGGUCGGGUACGGCUGGCACAUCCUCUGCGAAAAGAGUAAAAAAAUUUCGGUCAUCCUUCUGCUCUCCCUGCUGUUGGCACACGCGACCAAGACGUACGUGCGAAAUUACGACUGGCUGGACGAGUACCAGAUAUUCAUGUCUGGACUGAAGGUGAACGACCGCAACGCCAAGCUCUUCAACAACGUGGGCCAUGCUCUCGAGAGUCAGGGCAGAUUCAAGGAGGCUCUGAACUUCUUCAAUAUGGCUGUGCAGGUCCAAGGCGAUGACAUCGGCGCACACAUCAAUGUCGGCCGGACUUAUAAUCAUCUUAAGAUGUUCAAAGAGGCCGAGGAUGCAUACUUGAAGGCAAAGUCGCUGCUGCCAAAGGCGAAACCGGGCGAGUCGUACCAGGCGCGUAUAGCGCCAAAUCACCUUAACGUCUUCGUAAAUCUUGCGAAUCUUAUCGCGAAAAACGCGACGCGCCUCGAGGAAGCCGACCUCCUCUACCGGCAAGCGAUCAGUAUGCGGGCUGACUACACACUCGCCUACAUCAAUCGCGGCGACGUCUUGAUCAAACUCAACCGCACGAAAGAAGCUCAGGAAGUCUACGAACGCGCCCUCUUCUACGACAGCAACAACCCCGACAUCUAUUACAACCUUGGCGUCGUAUUUCUGGAGCAAGGCAAGGCAUCGCAGGCGCUAGCUUAUCUAGACAAAGCUCUGGAAUUUGACCCGGAGCACGAACAGGCGCUCUUGAACUCGGCGAUACUGCUGCAGGAGCUGGGCCGCGCGGAACUGCGCAAAGUCGCGAGGGAAAGGCUUUUGAAGCUAUUGAGAAAGGACUCGAACAACGAGCGAGUCCAUUUUAAUCUGGGUAUGCUGGCGAUGGACGACCACGACAGCGAGAGCGCCGAGAGGUGGUUCCGAAACGCCGUGGCGUUAAAGGAGGACUUUAGAUCGGCGCUGUUCAAUCUAGCUCUGCUGCUGGCGGAUGAGCAGAGGCCGCUCGAGGCGGCACCCUUUUUGAAUCAGCUGGUCAGGUUUCAUCCGGAUCACGUGAAAGGCCUAAUUUUACUCGGGGACAUAUACAUUAACAACAUCAAAGAUUUGGAUGCUGCCGAGAAUUGCUAUAGGCGAAUCCUGCAGCUGGACCCGACGAACAUCCAGGGCCUGCAUAAUUUGUGCGUUGUGAUGGUGGAGCGCGGUAAACUCGGUUUGGCAGCGCAAUGCCUCGAGCGUGCAGCAGCUCUCGCACCUCAGCAGGACUACGUGCACCGACACCUGGCGAUCGUGCGCGCACGUAUAAGUCGACUGCCCAAGGAGGAGCUGGCUGCCGCCGGUGUCUCCGAGGAGGAUGUUGAACGUUUCGACGAGUCUCUUUGGAUGGAGCAGCCCGACGAGGAGCAACAGCCUCAGUCUCAGCCGCUUCAUCAGCAGCAAACAUUGAGUGGUGCUGGUGACUCUGGUGCAGCAGUGGAUGACCCCACGAGCGAGCAGUUUCUCGGCAAACCGGAUAACUCGGUGUUUUUGAAUCACGCGGUCGUGCACAAUCAUCUGGGGAGCAAACCUCAACAGAAGCAAGGGAGUGGUGAUACGGUCAAUGCGCGGAGGGCACCAGUGAAUAUCAAGGGUCCAUCGAAGCAUCAACCGAGCGCUCAGCAGCAGCAACCUCCACCUCAGCAGCACCACCCGGACAGCGUAGUGGACGGUCUGAGUAGUAUGCUGAAGCAGCAGCCGUCGGCGACGAGCGGCGUAUUCGACCGGACGAUAAGCGCUGACGCGACGGCGGAACUCGAGCUCGCGCAGAAGCGCGCCGCCAGCGCCCGUUCCAAGCUCGAGCAGCAGCAGAUGCUGAUCGCCAACCGCAGCCAAGCCGCCGCCAUCACCAGGAGCAAGGUCUAACGCGGGAGUAUAUUAUACUGUGUAAGAGAUGGAGAUAAGGAAGAUGAAGAGAGAUAAGAAGAUGAAAAAGAAGAGAUGUUAGCCCCCGCCGAAUAAUGUAAAGUUAUUAUACAUAUAUUGAGGGUUAUCGACGAUGGUAUAGUCGUAUAGCGCUAAUGUGUGAAUAUAAAGUGAAAUACAGAGUAUUGUUUUAUAUGCUGUAUAAAAUAGGAAAUUUUAUAAAAUAUAUUUAAAAGAAUUCGUA